AUGCUUACUUUCUUUUGGCUAGGUGAAUACAGUGAUAAAAAACACCAUUCACAUGAUUUUCGAUGUUGUCGCUGCAAUAGAACAAUAAAAGAUGCAGAAUUUCCAACACACAAUUCCAAAUCUUAUUGCUAUCGAUGUUAUAAUCAAUACUCUGGACCACAAUGUGCGAAAUGCUCCGAGCCAAUAUCUGAUGGAAGGUCAAUAAUUUAUCAGGGAGAUCAAUAUCAUCCCGAUUGUUUUCGAUGUUGUCGCUGUAAUAAAACAAUAAGCGAUACAAAAUUUCCAACGCACAAUUCAAAGCCUUGUUGUUAUCGAUGUUAUACUCAACACUUUGCAUCACGAUGUGCAAAAUGCUCCGAGCCAAUAUCUGAUGGAAGAUCAACAACUUAUGAGGGAGAUGAGUAUCAUCCAGAUUGUUUUCAGUGUUGUCGCUGUGAUAAAGUAAUAAGCGAUACAAAAUUUCCAACACACAAUUCGAAGCCAUGUUGCAAUCAAUGUUAUAAUCAAUACUUUGCAUCAAAAUGUGCAAGAUGCUCCCAACCAAUAUCUAAUGAAAGAUCAAUAAUUUACCAAGGAAAUCAAUAUCAUCCAGAUUGUUUUCGAUGUUUUCGCUGUGAUCAAACAAUAAGAGAAAGACAAUUUCCAACACACAAUUCAAAGCCUUGUUGCUAUCAAUGUUAUAAUCGAUAG